AUGUCUAUGUCAAAGAGCUCGUACAAUUACAACCGAAAGGGUUGGGAGGAUGCUGAAUUCCCGAUUCUUUGCGAGACUUGUCUUGGACCCAAUCCGUAUCUUCGAAUGCAAAAAGACACUUACGGCAAGGAAUGUACUAUCUGUGAACGCCCUUUCACCAACUUCCGUUGGCAACCAGGAAAGGGAGCCAGGUUCAAAACCACUGAAGUUUGUCAGACGUGCUCCAAAAUUAAGAACAUUUGUCAAACGUGUUUGUUUGAUCUCGAGUUUGGUUUGCCGGUGCAAGUGCGUGAUCAUGCUUUGAAAAUUUCGGAUGAUCUUCCACGCCAAGGAGCUAACAGGGAUUUCUUUGUUCAAAAUCAAGAGCGUGCACUCGCAGCUACGGAUGGAACAACACCUGGAGGAGCAUUGGCUACAGUUGGUGCAGAUCAUCCGGGAUCUGAAAUGCUUCGUCGCUUGGCACGAACGGGACCGUAUUACAAAAGGAACGCUCCCCAUAUCUGCUCGUUCUUUGUGAAAGGAGAAUGCAAAAGAGGAGAGGAAUGUCCAUACAGGCACGAAAAACCGUCUGAUCCCGAUGAUCCACUCAGUCAGCAAAAUAUGCGUGACAGAUACUAUGGUGCAAAAGAUCCUGUUGCUGAGAAAAUUCUUAAUCGCGCUACGGCUCUACCAUCUUUGCAACCACCAGAGGAUGCAACAAUUACCACACUUUACGUCGGAAAUCUCGGGCCAGCUGGCACGAUUACUGAAAAGGACCUCAAUGAUUAUUUCUAUCAAUAUGGGGAUAUUCGUCAUCUGUCUUUGUUGCCACAAAAAGGAUGCGCUUUUGUCAACUACACAACACGCGAAUCUGCUGAAAUGGCUGCUGAACGAUCCUUCAAUCGUGCUCACAUCAAAAACCGAAAGGUCACGAUUCGUUGGGGAGUGCCUCAUGCACAGCGCCAAGCUCAGAGCGAGUAUCGUGUCAACCCGGUGCCUAAUCUCCCUACUGCUUUGCCUAUUCCCGACGAAUUGGUUCCCACAAAGCGUGGACGAAUGGAGUUCGCGCCAAGAGAUUUUAUGCCACCACCAGCUGGACCAUCUGGAGGAAUUUUGAAGGUGCCGAGACUUGCUCCACCAAUGGGCGGAUAUGACCAACCUGGUACAUCUUCAUCGGGUUACGAGGGUUCAUCCAUCUACUAUCCCAGUCAAGAUCCCGAACGUUUGGGUGCCAAGGGUGACGUCAUCGAU